AUGUCCGCGUGCCUGCAAUGGCUGGUCGUCCGGAACUGCUCCAGCUUCUUCAGGAGGCACAAGGAGACGUACAGCACCAAACCCAGUAACCUAAAGGCCCGCAACUCCUUCCGCCACAACGGGCCCAUUCACUGCAAGACUGUGGGUGUGCAGCCGGCGGCAGAUAGCAAAGGGGUCGUGGUAGCGAUGAAGCGGUGA